CACGUGAAGUCGCGUCCCCCCAACACUUGUCCAGCCACCACCACUUGUUCUUUCCUUCCCCUCCUCUUCCUCCUCCUCCUCCGAUCCCCAUGCCUCCUCCGCCUCCGCCUCCCUCCCCCGCCGGCCACCGCUAGCUGCCGCCGGCGCCACCCCCGAGCGGUUGCGCCUAGGGUUCUUGAUUUUGAGCUUCGGAGCGAGGCGAGGCGGAGAUGUCGUUCCGCAGCAUUGUCCGCGACGUGCGCGACGGGUUCGGGAGCCUGUCCAGGCGAGGGUUCGAGGUGAGGCUGGUGGGGCACCGGAGGGGGAGGUCUCACAGCGCGGUGCACGAGCUGCGUGACGGCCACGCGGCCGCCGCCGCCGCCGACGUGGUCCAGAGCAGCUGCUGGGCUAACCUGCCGCCGGAGUUGCUCCGGGACGUGAUCGAGCGGCUGGAGGCCAGCGAGGCGGCGUGGCCGUCCAGGAAGAACGUCGUCGCGUGCGCCGCCGUAUGCCGGACAUGGAGGGACAUGUGUAGAGAGAUCGUCAAGAACCCCGAGUUUUGCGGGAAGAUCACUUUUCCUGUUUCCCUCAAGCAGCCUGGGCCCCGGAAUGGAGCCAUCCAGUGCUUCAUUAAAAGGGAUAAAUCUACCCAAACUUACAACCUAUAUCUAUGUCUUAGCUCAGCUGUGCUCGUUGAAAGUGGCAAGUUCCUUUUAUCGGCGAAAAGAUACUCCCGUGCAACCUGUACAGAAUAUACAAUAUUUAUGAGUGCUGACAAUACAUCUAGGUCAAGCAACAUGUACAUUGGAAAAUUGAGGUCAAAUCUUCUCGGAACAAAGUUUGUAAUAUAUGAUACCCAACCUCCAUGCAACACAGCCAAUGUUUCACAGUCAGGGAAAACAAGCCGUAGGUUCUACUCCAGGAAGGUGUCGCCAAAGAACCCUUCCAGCACCUACAGCAUAGCUCAAGUUUCAUAUGAACUGAAUGUCUUGGGGACUCGGGGUCCUAGGCGGAUGAACUGUGUGAUGCACUCAAUCCCUGCCUCAUCGCUUGAGGCUGGUGGCACUGUCCCAUGCCAGCCAGACAGUGUGCUUGCACGCUCUCUUGAUGAGUCAUUUGGCAGCAUCUCCUUUUCCAAGUCAUCCAUUAUGGACCGCUCUAUCCGUUUCAGCAGUAGCAGAUAUUCUGACAUCUCAGUAGGUGGCCCCAUGGUCGGAGGCCAGGCAUUGGGUGACAGUGAUGAGUCCAAGGAGAGGCCAUUGAUUCUCCGUAACAAGGCCCCAAGAUGGCACGAGCAGUUGCAGUGCUGGUGCCUCAACUUCAAGGGCAGGGUAACCGUCGCGUCUGUGAAGAACUUCCAGCUUGUUGCUGCAACACAGCCUGCUGCUGGAGCCCCGACGCCAUCGCAACCUGCCCCGCCGCCUCCACCUGAUCAUGACAAGGUCAUACUACAAUUUGGUAAGGUUGCGAAGGAUAUGUUCACAAUGGACUAUCGUUACCCCCUUUCGGCCUUCCAGGCCUUUGCAAUCUGCUUGAGUAGUUUCGACACCAAGCUGGCCUGCGAAUGAAAUCAUCGGUGCGAAAGCAUGGUUAUCGAUUAUUGUAACAAAUUGGGCCCCCUCCAAAUUUAGCUGGGGGCUCUAUCCUGUUGUUUGCUAUUUAUGCCCUAUUAACUUGUAGUCAUUAGAAAACCAAUGUUUUUUUUCUAGACAUGUUCCCUGAUUUGUAGAUGCUGUUGUGUUGUAUCUGUAUCCCUACAUUCUCCUUUUCUUUUGUUUUUUUUAACAGGUUGCUCUGUAGAAGCAUAUUUGCUCUGCCUGUAACUGUAAUAAUUAGCUGACUGAAUUGUUAUGUUCAUGCUUGGCUUGUGCCUAGAGUUUCAAAUCUUGAGUUGUAUCAAAAUUUCGUAAUGGCUGCCUGUUGUGGGAGAUGUGCAAUGUAUUUUUGAUGAACUUUGUUGAGUUGCAAUAAAGCAACAAU